AUGCAAGAAGAAGAUGAAUGGCGGCAAAAGAAAAACCCAAGCGCCAGCUACAAUGUGCUUUGCAUCACCCUCGGCGCUGCUGGCGGCGGUGCUUCUGGCUCUGACACCGGCACCGCCGGUGGAAGCGGUGGGGUUGGUCUCGGCGUCACCGGUGGAACUACCGGCGGUGGAGCCGGCGGCGGUGCUGCCGGCGGCGGUACCGCCGGCAAUGGUACAGGUUGGUCCUCAGGGCCGACUCGUCGGGGCCGAGGGUGGCGCAACUGGCACCGCGGCGACCCCACCCUCAUAAAGGGACUCUGGAAGUCGAAGGGACCUCUAGAUUCUUUAGGCAACGCAGAGGCGUACAUCUUCCUGGCGUUGCUGAUCGGCCUGGUGACGGUGGUGGUCGGGUGCUGGCUGUCGGACAACUGUUGGUCGCCGGAGCCGGAAGGGGUGGUCACCCUCGCAUAGCCUAGUGCGGACUUCCGUUCGUCCAGGCGAUAACAACUAGUACGCGGUCCCUCCACCGGGAGUAUACCGGGCGUCGUCCACUCGGAGGAGCGCAACGCCAUCGCCGCGGCCGGGCACCAGCGGCCGUUGCUCGACAUCAACGACAACCACACGCUGCCGCCGAUCUGACUAACCAUCCCGCGAGAACGGAGAAGAAAAGACUCGAGCCCGGUCCUUCGUUUAACGAGGACAACGGGCUGCGCGUCGCCCUUUGUAAACUUUACUUAUAAUUAAAGAUAAAGAAAGAACGAACGAAAGAAAGAAAGAACGGGAGUUUAUCUGAUUAAAGAUGAAUCAAGGAUGAAUAGGGGUUUAGCUAAUUAAAGAUAAAGCGAGGCAGAACGAGAGUCCGACAACGGAUCAACGAAGAAAGCGACAAGGGGUAGCGAAUAGACAUGCGAAUUGAUAGGGUCCGAUAGCGCGGGAAGCAAACGUUCAUCGAAAAUAUCGACAUAUCCGGCCGACGCGACACGACCCGGCGACCCGGCGGCCGCGGGACACGACCGACGUGCAACGGACGCGCUUCAGCGUUUAACGCGUUCUCAUUCGUCUCAGUCGAACGCGCGAUCAAUGAAUAAGGACGCGCGU